AGGGGGUAAAGCUUUGUGCUUCUGGGGCCGGACAGCGCCUGGAGACUGCGCGACUGGCUGCGGUGGAGAGGUGAGGGGUGAGAUGUGAGGGGUUUGCGGUGUGGGACUGGGUGUUGAUGCAUGCGCGCGUUGCACGUGUGGCUUUCUGGCGGUUGCGAAUACUGACGUGAGGCGAGGUGCGUAAAAUCUGCGAGACGAUGAAAGGGCUGGUUUCCGUGGGUAAUAGUGCUGGUGGCGGUGGUAGUGGUUUUGUGGUCGCGGCGCGCGUAUGAAGGCCUUGUGCCAUCGCCAGAAUUGGGUAGUUCCCCUUGAGAUUGGCUUGCUCAUCUGCUGACUUAACCCAACCAGUACGCCCUGCAGCGACCUUUCCUAAGACCUGGUGCUGUGUUUUUUUCCUUUUCGGGGGACCACGACACUCAUUGAAUGAGGGGCACGACGACGACUCUGUUGCAGUGCGGCGCGGUGUGGUGUUGCGAGUGCUGCAGUUGUUUGACAAAUGCCGCUGUGGAAGUGGUUCUGUCUGACCGUGCGCCGUGCGUGUAAAGACCUGCACUACGUCAAAGACUGACAGCAGACCUAGAUAAGGACAAGGACACGGUCACGGUUUCCUUUGGGGCCCAUUAUUGCCUGUGCGCUGGUUCGUCGUGCAGGGCCAGGGGCGAUGGCGUGCAUGGCACUGUGGAUGGUCGCUGUCCGCUCUUGCGCCAUGAGAAUCACGGAACGUUCUAGAGAGUGGAGGUUGCUGCCCUAGGGGCCGGCGGGGCUUAUGGUACCUGGUGCAUAGUAGUUUGGUCCAGUCCGGUCGAACCGCGUUGCGGUGUGAUGAGGAACACGAUAUUACGUCAUUGCGUGCAUCUAUCUGACGUGGCUGGCGUGGUUCAAGCACCAGAGACAGAGCCAGGCACAUCGGAGAAGCCGCAAGUUCCCGCAGCAGGGCUAUCGCAAAACGGAAAUAGUAUCCCAUCAACUGGAACUAGCGGCACUGGCGUAAGCAGCUCGACAUCGUCUCCUCGGCGAACAACAUCGGCAUCCUCGCUCGGGAGUGUUGAAGAUGACAGCUUCAGCUGGACAGAAUUUUUCAAUAGCAAUCUUCCAAAAAAGCUUGGUGGACUCUUAGCACUCCUGUUGCUUAGUCGUGUAGGCGUCUACAUCCGCUUGCCAGGAGUCGAUGUGGACGCGUUUGCGGAGAGCUUGACGAACUCGGGACUUCUGGGGUACAUCGACACACUUUCUGGCGGCUCGAUCUCCAAGGUACAGGUCGGCCUCUUCAGCCUGGGCAUCAUCCCCUACAUCAACUCCUCCAUCGUGCUGCAGCUCUUCUCCGCCGCCUUCCCCAACCUCAAGAAACUACAGCGCGAGGAAGGCGCGCAGGGCCGAGCCAAGUUCCAAUACUAUCAGAAGCUGCUCGCCUUCGUCUUCGCCAUCGUGCAGGCCGUCGGACAGCUCUUUUAUAUCCGGCCUUUCGUGGACGACUUCACGCCCGGCUGGCUGGCAGGCAGCUCGUGUGCGCUGGUCGCGGGCGCCAUGGCCCUGGUGUACAUUGCCGACACGAUCAGCGAGCUGAAGCUGGGCAACGGGACCAGCGUGCUCAUCUUUGCCAACAUCGCCUCGGCGCUGCCGGCAUCCAUUGGCCAGCUGGUGGCGCAGAACGGUGAGGAGAACCCGCUCAACCUGGCGUUCUUUUUCGCUGCGUUUGCGGCGACGACGCUGGGGAUCAUUUACGUGCAGGAGGCGGAGCGGCGGAUCCCGGUUAACUACUCGAACAGGUACUCCUCUGGCAACCUGGCACGUCAGUCGUACCUGCCCUUCAAGGUGAACGCUACGGGGGUGAUGCCGCUCAUCUUCGCCUCCUCCAUCCUGGCACUGCCCGCCGCGUUGGCGCGCUACACGGACUCGGCGGCGCUUGAUGAGUUCUCUCGCUCGGUGGGGCCGGGCGGGGCGCUGUACGUGCCCUUCAACGUGGCGCUCAUCGUCUUCUUCAACUACUACUAUACCUUCUUGCAGUUGGAGCCCAAGGACCUGGCCGAGCAGCUGAAGAAGUCGGGGGCCGCCAUCCCCGCCAUCCGCCCCGGUCGUCAGACGGCCGAGUACGUGACCCGCACCCUGACCCGCAUGAGCAUCCUGGGCUCCGUGUUCCUGGGUGCGCUGUCGGCGGCGCCCGCGCUGGUGGAGGGGGUGACCCACCUGACGGCCUUCAGGGGCUUUGCGGGCACCUCCGUGCUCAUCAUGGUGGGUGUGGCGACCGACACGGCCCGCCGCAUCAGGGCGGAGCAGGCUAUGGCCAAGUACCAGGAUGUGGACAAGCUGUACGACAACCUGAAGCUGUAG